AUCAUUACGAACAGAGAUGGAGACGGUUCGACAGUGGGUGGAGUAGUCGUCGUUUCCGAUGAAGGCAAAUGUUGUCGUCUUCGUCGUCAUCCUCCUCUGCAUCGCGGGCAUUUUCGUCAUCGGUCUUCAUCGUCAUCUGCCUCCUCCACCCCUUGAUCGCGCGCCCUUGGAAGUGGCGCGCUGAUGAUGUUCGACAUGAAGGAAAUCUACACCUUCACGCAAGGUGUCGAGACUGCCACGAAGCUCCUAGGUUCGACUCCACACGACUAGCUCUUGAUUCGGACCUCCGAAUCCUUCUCCGAAUUGCUCCUAUUCGCAAUCAGAUUCUUGCUAUUUAUGGUUUCCUUCAUUAGGGACAAAGAUUUCCAGUCCUACUUUACUAAGGGGUGCACUGUUUUGCAUGUUUUCAUGGCGAUCUAGCAAUU